GAUGGUAGUGGUAACCUUGUGUCCUUAAGCACCGGUAGCCAAACCCCCCAAGCGCACCAGCAGCAAGGUCAACACCAAAUUGUGGGCCUGGCUCCAUCCCCUGUCACACAAUUAACAACAACUUCCAACACAGAACCGGUGGAACAGGGAGUUCCAUCCUUGGAGCAAAUAGAAACCGUUUGGCUUGAUCUACGCAGGCUACAGCAGGAAAUCACUGAGACUUUUCGAGAUAUAAUUCGUUGUUUUAGCCCUCCUAUACUGGCCUAUCGUGUCAUUAUUAGUCAUCUUAGUGUUCUGGUAUCUAUUGUAGUCGUGAAUGAGCGAGAGUAUACGGGCCAUGGUGUAGCCUGA